AUGAUGAAGGUUAGUUUCAUAAUCAUAGCUCUGUUAACGGUAGGCUUCGUUUCUGGUAAGAUAUCAACUAAAAAAGUUUCUCCAGCUCCAUCUCCACUUGAGUAUUAUUCAUACCCGCCGCAGCCAGAAACUGGAAUAAUGUCUCCAUCUCAUUCCCCAUCGGACUCUCCAACGGCGAUGCCUCCCGGUUACAUUCAUCAGGCACCGUCUCAGUCACCGGAAGCCAGUGAUCUCAACCAAAAUGAAAGUAGCGGAGGAACAGAGAGGGAAAGUUCCUCCGGAGGUGGAAAGAAAGCUGGAAUCGCGUUUGGAGCGAUUGCGGCAGCGAGUAUGGUUGGUCUCGGAGGCUAUGUGUUGAAGAAACGGCGAGAGAACAUUCGUAGAUCACGAUAUGAAUAUGCCGCCACUGAGAUCUUCUGAACAUGGAUAUGGUGUGUAGCUUUCGUAUGUUUUUGGGUUAAUGUGCAAUAUAAUCAGAUUUUGUCCUAAAAUAUGAUGACUCUCUUUUAUUAUAGUCUCUAGGUAUGUUAUGGACCAUGGCAUGUCCAUGGAAAGAUAUUUGUACGAUUAUUUUUGAUUAUCUUCACUAUAAUCAAAC